AUGUCGUCUCCUCUUCCCACUGGCCACUCCCCGGGGCCUGAGUCCCAGUCCAGACCUGGGAUUUGCUGUGGUCUGAGAGCCGGUCUUUCAGUGGUCCGGUCUCGGAGGGUCUGGAGGGUUGUCCCACACCUGGUCCUGAUCCUGACUCUGGUCUCGUACGCAGCUUUAGGAGCUCUGCUUUUCUGGUACAUCGAAGGAGGAGCCGAGUCCAACCCCACGGAAAAGGACUACAAGAAGUUCCUCCAAGACAUAGUCCAGACCGUGCAGAACCAAUCAGACAACACCUCUCUCCAGUUUCUGGUCUCUGAGCUGCAGAUGAAGAUGGAGAAUGAUUUUCAGUCCAUUUGGCUCCAGAGCCCAAAGAGAUGGAACUACAGCAGCUCGAUCUUCUUCUGCUGCACUGUCUUCACCACCGUGGGUUAUGGGGAGCUGUAUCCGGUGACGUGGUGGGGGAAGCUGAUGUGUGUGCUGUAUGCGAUGGUGGGCGUGCCGCUGAUGCUGCUGGUCAUCCUGGACGUGGGGGACUUCCUGGCGCUGUUGAUGACGCGCGCGUACAGACACCUGUACCGACUCCUGCGCCUGCUCAAGAAACGCAUCCACACGUUGUUGAGGCGGCGGCGGCGCUGGGACCUGGCCACAACCCGCACCCUGGAGGACGGGACUCUGGUGCUUGGAAAGAGAAACAUGGUCAUAGAGAGGCCCCUGGACAUCAGACAGGUGAUGCGGUCCCAGGUCGGAGUGAGGCAGAAGUCGAUCCACCUGCAGAACAAUAAGGAGAUCUUUGAGAAGAUAUUGUUGCGUGAGCAGCUGCUGCGCCCUGGCGCACUCAGCCGCAGUGUGUCGUGCCCUGAGCUGGACCGUCUGCCGCGCUCCAAGAAGCCCUUUGUCUUGUGGGACUUCAGCGGUCUCGGCGAGGACAUGGACAACUUGGACGUCCCCUUCCUGCUCAUUCUACCGGUAGUGUUUGGCUACGUGCUGCUGAUGGCGCUGGUGCUGCCUUGCUGGGAGACCGAGCUGUCGCUGUUCGACGCUUUCUACUUCUGCUUCAUCACCAUCACCACCAUCGGUUUCGGGGACAUUGUCCCCAAACACCCCAACUUCUUCAUGCUCACCUCCGUCAUCAUCAUCUGCGGCAUGGCCAUUGUGUCCAUGGCCUUCAAGCUCAGCCAGAGCAAGAUCGUCAGCGUCUACAGGGGGUGCAUCCAGUAUGUCAACCCCCGCAAGGAGAAGGCACACAGGGAUAAGGCGCACAGGGACGAGACGCACAGGGACGAGACACACAGGGACAAGGCUCGUCCUCUGAAGGCCUGA